UCAGCUUUGUACUCAUUAUCCAGACACUCGACAUUGAGCUUGUGUUCUUGCAAUCUCAUCUAGAUAACUUCGCGCUGCUCAAUCCUGCUUCGAUAUUCUUUGCCGUAUCUAUUGAACUUCAUGAUUUUCAGUACAAAGCAUAGCAGAUGAUGUCAAGAGAUGACGACUCAGCGAUCUUGCAGGAGGUCUCCAAGCCAGACUCAAGCAACAGGGUGCUCUGUCUGACCUGGAUGAGGCCAUCGAGCUUUACAGAGUUGUACUUCCAUUCCGUUCCCCUGGUCAUCCUGGUCGAUCCAUGACUCUCAACAAACUUGCCAUCGGCCUUCAUGACAGAUGGAGGCGGCGGCUCCCCGUCUGACCUGGAUGAGGCCAUCAAACUCCACGCUGCCACCCUAGCACUGUGUCCCCCUGGCCAUAUUCCUCAAUUGGAGUAUAUCAACAACCUUGCCACCAGCCUUUGUGACCGAUUUCAGCAGCACGGAACCCUGUCUGAACUGGAAGAUGUCAUCGAGCUCCACAGAGCUACACUCAUAUUCUGUCCACCUCACCAUGCUCUUCGAUCCAAUUAUAUGAACAACCUUGCCGUCAGCCUUUGUGACAGAUUUAGGCAGCAGGGCGCUCUGCCUAACUUGGACGAGGCCACCGAGUUCUACCGGGCAGCACUCGCACUGCGUCCCCCUGGCCAUUCUCUAAUUCAUGUCUCAACGACUUUGCCAGCAGCCUUCCAACCGAAUUCGUGGAAUGUGCCGCCCCAUCUGACCUGGGCGAGGGAGGCCAUUAAGCUCCAUCUAGCUGCAGUCGCACUCCAUCCCCCUGACAAUCCUAGGCGAUUCGUAUUUUUCUACCACCUUGACAUCAACCCUGAAACCAUGUUCGAGCAGUAGGGUACGUAGAUGAGGC